UUUUAAAAAUUAUGCUUCUGGGAUAUUUUGUUGAAUAACUAAUUAAAUCAUAUUUAGUAUAAGCUGUAAUAUUUUAUAAAAUGUGGAUGUAAAAUACUACAUAAAGAUUGUGUUAAAAAAAAUAAAUAUGUAUUUUAUUUAAAACAUUUUUAGUUAGAUAAGAAAUUUAAAGCUGUUUUCUUAAAAAAAAAGAAGGAAAAAAAGAAAGAAAAGAAAAUAAAGAAGAAGUCCGAGUGCGCGCGCGCGCUUUGUAAACAAAAAGUCUACGUCACAGGCCCUUGUCCAAUCAGCGCACGGUCCUUCCUCUUCCGUGCAGACUCGGACCUUCGGCAGCGCCAUGCCAGAGCUGCUGCUGCUGUAGCUGCGUCGUCUUCAUCGCUCCUCUUCCUCCUCUCGUUCACAGCGGCCGCAGCGGAGCGGCGGGGCUUCGGGCUUCGACAUGCCGAACAUCGUGCUCUUCAGCGGGAGCUCCCACCACGACCUGUCCCAGAAGGUGGCCGACCGGCUGGGCUUGGAUCUGGGGAAGGUGACCACGAAGAAGUUCAGCAACCAGGAGACGUGCGUGGAGAUCGGGGAGAGCGUGCGCGGCGAGGACGUGUACAUCGUUCAGAGCGGCUGCGGGGAAAUCAACGAUAACUUGAUGGAGCUGCUGAUCAUGAUCAACGCCUGCAAGAUUGCGUCAUCGUCCCGCGUCACCGCCGUCAUCCCCUGCUUCCCGUACGCCCGGCAGGACAAGAAGGACAAGAGCCGGGCCCCCAUCUCCGCCAAGCUGGUGGCCAACAUGCUGUCGGUGGCCGGAGCCGACCACAUCAUCACCAUGGACCUGCACGCCUCGCAGAUCCAGGGGUUCUUCGACAUCGCCGUGGACAACCUGUACGCCGAGCCCGCCGUGCUGCAGUGGAUCAAGGAGAACAUUCCGGAGUGGAAGAACUGUAUCAUCGUGUCUCCAGACGCCGGCGGAGCGAAGCGCGUGACCUCCAUCGCAGACCGCCUGAACGUGGACUUCGCCCUCAUCCACAAGGAGAGGAAGAAGGCCAAUGAGGUGGACCGGAUGGUGCUGGUCGGCGACGUCAAGGACCGCGUGGCCAUCCUGGUGGACGACAUGGCCGACACCUGUGGCACCAUCUGCUUCGCCGCAGACAAGUUGAUUGAAGCCGGAGCCCUGAAGGUCUACGCCAUCCUCACACACGGCAUCUUCUCAGGUCCCGCCAUCUCCCGCAUCAACAACGCCCCCUUCGAGGCCGUGGUGGUGACCAACACCAUUCCACAGGAGGAGAAGAUGAAGGCGUGCCCCAAAAUACAGGUCAUCGACAUCUCCAUGAUCCUGGCGGAGGCGAUCAGGAGAACCCACAACGGCGAAUCCGUGUCGUAUCUUUUCAGCCACGUGCCGCUGUGAGGCAAGCCGCCCUCCUCCCUCCACAGUUUUCCCAUCAGGCACCUGGGCUGACACCUUCACACCCCUGCAUCCUGCAAAAAGCCUCCAGUAAGGACCUGAUGGGCUUCAGCCAAGUACAUGUGACCUUUUGAAGGGUCACGCCCACACGGUGCAGUGACAUUUUCACCCAGCAGAUGGAGCCAAACACCAUUUCAUUCUCUCUACGUUUUAUUUAUGAGUUUUUCUGACUUUCACUUUUACCAAAGGGUCCAUUUUUAUCGUGUCUUAUUUUACUUCUUUUUAACCCCACCCUGGCCUGUCUUAAGAGACUCUUUCCUUUUUUCUAAAUAAAGACUAAACGUCACAGAUCGACGGCUAACUCACUAACAGUCUAACAUGAUUGUAAUGCAUCAAACAGCCCUGAUGCCUGCAUUGAUGUGACCACAAGCAGAAAACAUCAUUUUCACAGGAUUUUUUUUUUUCUAGUUUGCUUCAAACCUUCUGUCUUACUAACAUUUAGAUAAUCCUGAAAAGACGUCUGAGCCCGAAGCUUUUGCUAGAUUCCAGCCAACAUUUGUCGAAACAUUUCAUCACUUCUGUUUGAAAGAAGAAAGUCUUCACCGUUUGCCUGAAAAUGGAUGGAAAAUAUUUUUUUUUACAGGUAACUGAAGAAAAGCUGCUUCUUUAUUAAUAAAGGUCUGAACAUCGUCA